CACAAAUGCAGAACCUUCGAUGGUUUUGGUGAAGAUGCACUGGAGAUGUCUCGAGUUCCUCUUCUGUAGAGUUACCGAGCUGAGUUUGGUUGUUCAUCAAUUGUGGAGCUCAAACAAUGCAGGGCCCCAACGUGCAUGUUUUUUUGAUUCGUGUGCGAUGCCUGUCCCAACAAAACCGCCAAAGGCAUCAUUUGCCUUUGCAGAGGUUGAAUUUGAACUUCUGCGUGAUGACUUCCUGGCCAAAUUUGAGCGAGUCCAUGCUCGCUUAAACUUGCUGGAGGCCAAGAUUGAGAGACUUGCAAAGAAUGGUGAUGUCUCGGAAAGUGCCAGGAUGGGUGAUGGUGGUACGAACACUUGUGGAAUAACCAUUGGUGAUGUUGCACGGGAAGGUCAUGAAGCCGAACGGAAUGAGUUGACGCUGCCCAACGAUCAAAGCGAGGAAAGAACGGAAGGAACCGCAAUAUCCGUGAUUGGUGGGUCGCUUGGUCAGACCAUCGGUGCAAAAACAGACCUGACUGGCAUCACCUGCUCGCUAGCGAGUGUGGCUGAAGAUCCAGAGGAUCAGCUGGGUUUGGUGUCCUUUUCGGAAAGUGCUUGGACCUACCCAGUGGUCAUCGGCUUGGUCAGAGCAGGUGUAGUGGAGGCCGUAUUUGCCGUGCUGCUGUUGCUGUUGAAUCUCUUUAUGCAAAUGGCUUUUAUGAUCGUCAUUCUGACCCCGGAUUUCCUGCCGGGGGACAUCACAGAACAAAUUGUUUUUGCCAAGCAAUGGCGCAGAAGCGUGGCCCAUGACCAUCAAAACCUGGACUUGGCCUCGACCAGUUUAGCUAGUCGAGUUUGCAAUGGCGAUGGUGCAUUGAUCGUCUCUACUCGACAGGCAACACUUCUUGAGAACAUCGAUAGUUAUAUGGGUUUGGCCAUUGAUGCCUUUGAGCCAGACUUCUUCCAACCUGGGGUCUUACUGUCGGUGCUAUGCAUUCUGCUUUGGAGUUUGUGUGUCUACAAGGAGCUGCGAAGCAUCUUGCAUGCUUUUGAAGCUGUGAGGUUGCUCCCACGCUCCGCCAGGACAAUCUUGGAUGGCAACGUCUUGCAGAGCCUAUCCUUUGGCCGCUACAAAAUGCUCAAGGCAACGUAUCUCUUGCGAACUGCAAUUGCAGUCUCGCUCUUGAUAUCUGGAAUUCGGUGGCUAGCCCAAACGACAUCGAUCACAGAACUGAUGCUCAACGCAGUAGCCUUAAAUGCCAUUCUGGAUGUGGACGAGUUUCUUUUUGCAGGUUUCACCCCAAUGUCUAUACAUCUGGCCAUUCAGAGGCUGGAGCCAAUGCAGAUGAAGUACACUGCGCGGCGCAACAAGAUUGAAAGCUUCUUUCUAUUCUUUGUGCUGCUUGUGACCUUCUUGGUGCCCUAUCUGGUCCUUUUGAGGCCCCAAGCCGAUGCCAUGCUCUCUGUGAAGCAGGAGCUUUGUUUUGGCAAUCAAACAUUUGUGGUGGGUCAAAAUCAGCAAAGCCAAGUGAUUUUUGGCCUUGUGACCGAAGACAUCCCAGAGGGCGGUCGACAAAAUUCUGCUCUUUCGCCCAUCGAACGUGCUGUAGACAUUCACAAGUUCGCUGAUCCGCAUGAAGAGGCCUAUUACAUUGGCUUCGUGCAGAGUCGAAAUGCCUUCGAAAUUGAGAGGACUCGCUCCAUGGCUUCUGAGGCUGCGGAAUUCAACCUUUGCUUGGAGCAGGCGUACCUCACGGAAGGCGGGGAGUGGUAUCAGGACGCAGCCGUCGGAGCGCUGACCAUGUUUCGGCUUCGAACAGCUGCUGCAGUCCUGGGGCGCUUCGAUCACAUUACCAACUGCCAGCAGGUGGCAGACCUUUGCAACCUCCCAGAGGCGAGAUUACUGCGGAUGGUGUGUGGAGUGACCUGCGAGUGUUCCAAUCCCUUUGCAAGCGGCUGGUACAAGGUUCUGUACCACGGUUGUUCAGAAGGUUGCUUGGAGAUGGCCCGGCAAAGGUUGGCUUCUGAGGACUGUAAAGAUCGGCCCAUGGAUGACACAUGGAUUCAGAUGUGGGAUGACUAUUUGCCAACCCUUGCACAUGUCUUGGGUAGUGGCAUUUACCAAUCUUCAGCCAUACCCUACCUGGAAGCCUUAGUUGCAGCCAUGAAGCUGGGUGGAUGUGCUACCUUGAAGCAACCGCAGUUUCGGAACCUCAUUGGCACUCAAACCUCCUGGUGCGAGGGGGAUCCGGAGCUGGUGCGGCCGCUGGCCUGGACGUGUCCUGAAAGCUGUGAUUGCACAGCCGCCAACGGCACCUCCUUGCCCAGUUACUGUCCGCGGAGUUGCGCUGCGUGAGGAGCAACGGCGGACGAGGUCCCGUGGAGCAGCCCAGCGACAAAGCGUGCUGUGUGGCGUUCACUGGGGGUUCACUAGCGCCAGAGAAGAGGAACGCGGAAAGAGGAUGCAAUUUUGCCGCCAUCGGGUGAAGCCUGGAUGGCACGGUUUUCGAGUGAUUUGGAUCGUUGCUGA